AUGGACACCGCUCCUACGCUCCCUUGCUCUCUCGCGAGGCCCCUGGCGUCGCGAACACCCUCUUUUCUCAAACUGACAGUCAAGGGCACAGCAGUUGGACGUCUCCGUCCUAGUCCUAGGGGUGCCAGGGGUCUGUCUCGCCGUCAUCCGAACUUGCCAAUUGAGAGAUUAGUUUAUUGGACGUUUGGUGCCGCAAUUGUUCCAUGCUCUCACCGCCAAACGAGGUUUUCGGCUCGGAGGCACACGAUACAGUCACGGCCUUAUCUACGGGACUAA